AUGGGGGUUGAAGAGGUGUUUAAUCAGGUCGGUCGCAGGAACUUGCUGCGCCAACCAGAACCAAUGAGAUCGGACCCCAGCCGAAGGAACAAGAAUAAAUACUGCAGGUUCCACGGCGAUGUUGGCCACCACACCAACGAUUGCACCGGUCUCAAAGAUGAGAUCGAAAGAGUAAUCCGCGAGGGAAGGCUGCAGGAAUUCAAGGCCGAGCGGAGACCAAGAAACAAUGGCUUCGGCGGCCAAAAUGACGGGCGACACCGGGAUGAACCCCGGAACCCAGAUGAACGAGAAGUUGUUGGCGUCAUAAGGACUAUCCUUAGCAGCCAGUACCUUGGAGGAGACUCAAGAAGAUCUCAGAAGGAUAACGUCCACGAAGCUAAAAGGGUGUACCAGGAAAGGUUCUGGAAUGUUUCGGCUGCCAAAUCAACCAGGUUUAGCAGCACUGACUUGGCAUUUAAUGAGGACGACGCAAACGGGGUCCACUUCCCCUACAAUGACGCCUUGGUGGUAGAAACCCUGAUUGGAAAUCACACAUUGUGCCAGAUCCUGGUGGACAACGGGAGCUCAGUGGACCUUUUAUAUUCUGAUUGCCUGGAAAAGAUGGAGAUCCCGAAGGAGCAAUUAGAAAGAACCUCCCGGCCAUUGUAUGGGUUCACAGGGGACUCCAUCAUCCCCCAAGGGACAAUCCGGCUGCCCAUAACCACGGGGGAGAAGCCUCGGCAAGCCACAACAAUGGCUAAUUUUAUGGUAAUAAAAGGAGGUUCACAAUAUAAUGUUGUGAUUGGAAGGCCGACCCUUCAGACGCUGAGGGCAAUAACCUCCAUUUACCACAAGAAGGUCAAAUUCCCCACCCCAAAUGGAGUAGGUGAAAUGAAGAGCAACCAAUACGAGUCUAGGGUUGCGUACUCCGAUGCCUUAAACGGAUACGAUCAGCCAGGAAGGUAG